AUGGAUGGUUGGAAUGUGGGCAAGGACAGGGACGGAGACAGGGACAGGGUUGCGAACAGCAAGGAGAUGGUCGAAAGGGCUGAGCUGUGCAACUACUGCCCUCGCCAUGAGGUGUCGUUGCCCGUCAUCGAGAUUGUGCAGCAGAACGACACCCCAAAAGUCCUCGAACUCUGUUCCCGCUGCUCGGUGGCCUCCAUCAAGCGUUACGGGAAGUCGAACAAAAAAAGGAUUCCCGCUGUACCGACGUGGACAAGUUCUCCCGCAUGCAUGGCAGAACGUCGAAUCAAGUUCCCCACCGACUCGGGCCAACCGAAGAUCUCUGGCCGCAAAUAUUGCGAUGCCAACAACUACUACAAGAACUUCUUACCGCACCUGAAGAAGGCUGCCUUUGGGGUCAUCAAUUCCAUGGAGUUCAUGUCCGAAACGGAUCAGCUUCUGAGCAUUCUGAAGAUCACACACGAAUCCUUCACAGUACCUUCGCUAUCCGGGAAGACCCUUGUAAAAGCUUAG